GUCGCAGGCGUGUGAAUUCACUACCACACGUGCCAUCUCUCCAUUCCCAUUGUCUCUCCUGCGAAUGCCCGUAUAAUUCGAGCAUCUCGCUCACAGACACAUACUCAUACUUUCUCUCUUACACACAGACAUUGUUGCUAGAAUCCAACAGUCGACGUACUACUGCAGACCGUACAUGUACAUACAGAAAUGUUUGCAUGCAUUUAUUUUUAGAGAGAGAAAGUGAGGACCCUUUUCAAUUUUUGUUGCAAUUACAUAACUUUACAGCUCAACUCUCAAUUUCUCAGUCUAUCAUUCUCUCUCUAUUUCUCCUUCUCUGUGUUUUGAGCUCAACUUCAUAUUCACAGUUCAAAUCUACCAUUGCCACAGCCUCCACGGGGGGGAUUUGAAGUGGCUGCAAUGUGGCUCUUGUCAGCUUGAUAACUGCAUGUUCAAAGGAACCAUUAUGGAGCUUUGUGCAUUAGAUGCUAUGUAGUGAACUUCUCAUGCCCAAUUAGAGCUACAAUGGGCAGCUUCUGCAUAUAUUUCCAGCAACCAUUGCUUUUAUGCACUCUAUUGCUUUAUACUCUGGCAAAAGAAACUGAAGCUCUCAGUCCUGAUGGACAGGUGCUGAUCAACUUUAGGACAGCCAUCAUUAGUUCAGAUGGUGUUCUGCGGCAGUGGAGACCAGAGGAUCCUGAUCCAUGUGGAUGGAAAGGAGUACAAUGCGAUCCCAACUCAAAGAGAGUUACAACCUUGGGACUUAGAAUGUGCAAAGCUUUAAUGAUUUUUUCUAAGUCGUCAGGAAUCCUUGAUUUUCCUUUAUGCAGAUUUUUGCAGGGUAACUACUUAAGUGGAUUUAUUCCGAGUGAGCUGGGUCACCUUUCUCAGCUUGAGAAUCUAGAUCUCUCAAGCAACUCUCUCAGUGGUAAAAUUCCUGCUUCUCUUGGGAAGUUAAACAAGCUCUCAAUUUUCAAUGUAUCAACAAACUUUCUGGUGGGAUCAAUACCCUCUGAUGGUGUUCUUGCCAAUUUUCGUAGUGAUUCCUUUGUUGGAAAUCGUGAAUUAUGUGGGAAGCAGAUACAAAUAUGCAAGAGCAGUGGUGGUUCUUCUGCAUUGUCGCCUACUGAUUUAGCCCAAAGUCGGUUCAAGAAGAAAUAUUCAGGACGCCUUCUCAUAAGUGCGCUUUCUACUGUGAUUGCAUUGCUUUUGGUUGCACUUGUGUGUUUCUGCGUCUGUUUCCUGUAUAAGAGGCUAGGAAAAAAUGAUAGGAAAGGCCUUGCUAUUGAUGUCGGUGGAGGUGCCUCAAUUGUGAUGUUUCAUGGAGAUUUGCCUUACUCUUCAAAAGACAUCAUAAAAAAAUUGGAGACAUUGAAUGAGGAACACAUAAUUGGUGCUGGGGGCUUCGGAACAGUGUACAAGCUUGCAAUGGAUGAUGGUGAAAUAUUUGCCUUGAAAAGGAUUGUAAAGAUAAAUGAGGGUUUUGAUCGUUUCUUUCAAAGGGAGCUUGAAAUCCUUGGAAGUAUCAAACAUAGAUACCUGGUAAACCUGCGUGGAUAUUGCAAUUCUCCAACAUCAAAAUUGUUGAUUUAUGAUUUUUUAUCCGGAGGCAGCCUAGAUGAAGCUCUUCAUGAGAAGGGUGAGCAGCUAGAUUGGGAUGCUCGUUUAAAUAUUAUCAUUGGAGCUGCAAAAGGGCUUGCCUAUCUGCAUCAUGAUUGUUCCCCUCGGGUUAUCCAUCGUGAUAUCAAGUCAAGCAACAUUUUGCUUGAUGGAAAUUUUGAUGCUCGAGUGUCUGAUUUUGGACUGGCUAAAUUAUUGAAGGAUGAGGAAUCUCACAUCACGACAAUCGUUGCUGGCACCUUUGGAUAUUUGGCUCCUGAAUAUAUGCAGAGUGGAAGAGCUACAGAAAAGACCGAUGUUUAUAGUUUUGGGGUUUUGGUGCUUGAAAUUGUGAGUGGAAGUCGGCCUACUGAUGCUUCUUUCAUCGAGAAGGGCCUAAACAUUGUUGGAUGGUUGAAUUAUUUAGUUUCGGAAAGUAGACAACGUGAAAUAGUCGAUCCACACUGUGAAGGGGUACAAGCAGAAAGUCUCGACACCUUGCUUUCAAUCGCCAACCAAUGUGUUUCUUCUGGUCCCGAUGAUCGUCCCACGAUGCACAGAGUAGUUCAAAUACUUGAAUCUGAGAUCACAACCCCGUGCCCUAGCGACUUCUAUGAUUCAAACUCGGAGUGAAGGCUUAAUUGUGAAAUGAAGAGAGGCGAUAUCUUUGCUAUUAUCAUCCGCUGCUUCGUGCAGCAAAAUGCAGGAUCAACACAAGAACAGAAGGGGCAUGGAAUCUGCAUAAUUCAUCCCCGACUUAUUUAUUCAUUCAUUCUGCAAAAUCUCGACAACAUAUGCCCACGCUGCUCGGCAGCCAUUCGUUUUUCUUUGUCCAGUAAAUGAAAUUAUUUGUUUUACCACACCAUUUGCCCCCUUGUUUCUGCCUUGUAUUUCCUCUUUGUAAUUACUCUACUCAAUUGUAUACAAAAAUGGUUAUGUCCUUGUUAUUGAUUCCAUUUAUUGUAUGACAUAUUUGUGUUGCA